AUGGCGUCCCCGUGGUGCCUCUCGGCUCCGGCCGCCGCCCCGCCGGUGGCGGCUGCGCCGGGCGCCCUCGGCGUCUCCGCGUCGGCUUCCUCCGACCUCGCGCGUGUGCCGGUUCCCGCCGGUAGGUGGCGCAGGUGGGACGCGCUCGUGGUCUGCGCGGCGCCCGACGAGGAGAAGAUUACCAAGCGGUCGCCCCUGGAUUUCCCCAUCGAAUGGGAGAGACCAAAGCCUGGAAGGAGACCUGAUAUCUUCCCUAAGUUCAGCCCAAUGAAGACACCAUUACCGCAUCCAUUACCGGCUGAUGAUCCUCUAGAUGACGAUGAAGAAGAGGACGAGGAAGAACAACCACCACCUCAGGAGGAGCCACAAGAGGAUGAUCCAGACAGGGAAGAACCUGAGGAAGAUGACCCGGACAAGCCAACCGAGUAA